AUGGGAAUAAACAAGUGUAAACAGACACUUCCAAUAAAAUUACAAAUACUCAAGUGGCUACUAUUAAGUUAUACAAGUGCCUCAAUAAAAUACACACCCGGGACUCGAACCCGGGCCCCAACCUUGGGAGGGUUGGAUCCUACCCCUGGACCACUAACGCUCAUGGGUGCGACUAUUUUGUCAAUCUAA